UGCCUUCAUCAACUAUCGUUCGCACAUGUUUUAACUGUGGCGACCCUGGUCACUUUGCCAGAUGGUGCCCACAUCGUACUGGGAAUACUGUUGCUACUACUUCUCAUCCACUGCUUACUCUGCCGUCACCGGUCAACAUCGGAGCAACGGGUGGUACGAGGCUAGGCAACGUUUGAUUAUUUUGGAGAACACGGUCGCCGAGAUCAAGAUUCGCCAUGAUGCUGAAGUUGAGAAAGUGAAGAGCAAACGGGACGAAGAAGAAAAGAAGAAGAGAGACGAUGACGAGAAAGAACGACGUGAACAAGAUCGCAAGGAAAGAGAAGAGAUGCAUCGGCAGAUGAUGGAGGAUAUGAACAAGAAAUGGGAAAAGAUUUGUGAGAAGAUGGACGAAAAGAAAGGUGAUUCUAGGAAGAAGGAGAUUGAUCGGCUUAGGUCAUUUGCAAACAACGCAGUUGCUUCCACAUCAUCGACCAAGGCCACCAUCGAAGGGGAGGAACUCAUCAGGCAACUGUUACGUGAGCAAGAAGCAAUGAAGAAGAAGCUCGAAGAAUCUAUAGCUGCACAGAAGCGGUUGGAAAUAUUGGAGAAUGAGAUGACAUUGAUGAGGACAAUGAGAGAUGAGGCGUUAAAGGAGGUGGAAACUUGGAAGAACGAGGCGUUGAGGCCAGGAAACAAGCGUGGGUGUGCUGCCGUUACUCCCACCACUGUUGCUCGCACACGAAACAGGGCGACUCCUGAACCAACCACUGGUCUUGCUGGUAUAGUGCAUAGGCACAAUCUGGAGCUGGAGGCCCUCAAGAACCUGCGCAUUGUAGACUUUAAUGCGAGAAGAGAGAAGGAGCCGGAAAACGACCAAUUGCGAGUUACGAUGGAAGAGGAGGCCAAUGCUCGUUGUGAACAAGAGCUGGAGAACGAACGUCUUAGAACUGUGAUUGCUGAUAUAGAGGCCGCUCAGCGUGUUCCAUGCACCAAUCUGAGACAACGGAUCGAGGAGAUGGCGUCAACCGAUAAAGGCAAGCAGAAGACAGUUACUGAACCUCUCUCUGCACGAGCCAUGGAGAAGAAGAAAUUCGCUAAGGAGCAGCGGAAAGACUUGGGGAAUCGGAAGAAAGAUGGGAUUAUUGAAAUUUGCGCCAAGGAAGGUUUGAAGUACGUUACCAGCAAACGGUCAGUGGAAGACAUUAUCAACCAGCGGAUGAAGACGACAUUUUCGGAUGAAGGUAAGGCGGUACAAGAGGUGUCCGAUGACACCGGCGGGGGAAUGGCCGAAAAGGAAGUGUCGGCUGAGGGAGAUGCUGCUACUUCGUAGGCUCUCCCCCGAGCGCGACUAAGUUAUGGUCUAUCGCUAAUUCUUGUGUU